CAUUCUCGAAACAUUCUUGUCCAUGAAGGGCAUGCCAAAUUGUCAGAUUUUGGAAUAUCUCGUCAAAUUAACGCUGAGACUACAAUUCUCGUUGGAAAUUUUGGACGACUACCUUAUAUUGAUCCUAAGAUAUUAUAUGAUUUAGACUAUCCUUAUGAUAAACGAUCAGACAUAUACUCAUUUGGCGUUUUGAUGUGGGAAAUUUCUAGUGGUCAAUGCCCUUUUUGCGGAUGUGAUCCAACUGCGACUCGUUUAAGCAUAAUUGAUGGUAAAAGAGAAAACCAAAUUUCGGACACUCCUGAAGAUUAUCGUCACCUUUAUGUUGAUUGUUGGAAUGGUGAACCUCAAUAUAGACCUGAAAUUGAUAAGAUAGUGAGACGAUUAACAAUCUUGAAUGAAAAUCAAAAUUUAAAGAAUGAAGAUGAUUAUAUUUUCAUUCCUUUAGAUAAUUCAUCGUCGUCGAUUAAAACCGGCCAAAACCGCGACGAUACAACUUCAAAAA